GCGGCGGUCCUGGGAGGUGCCAGCGCGAGCCUGAGCCGCUCUUCGCCGGUUGCCGCGCCCGGGUCUCCUGGACUCCCGCCCUCCGUGGCCCUUGAUGCCGGGCUGGCCAGCUGUGUGAUGGGGCUGCCGAGCGGCGCCCUGCGGCUCUCGGCGGCCGCUGCUCGCGCUAAGGAACGUCGGUGCCGGGUUCCCCGUGCCCCCGCGCGCCGCGGCUCUUGCUGACCCGGCCCUCCCGCCCGCCUGUCAGUCUGUCCGCAGCGCGGCUGAGGAAACUUGAACAUAACUUCCUGAGACGAUUUGAUUAUUUCUGGACUUUGUGUAUAUAACAAGACCAUCAGAAUGUCGGGAGCCUCAGUGAAGGUGGCUGUCCGCGUUCGGCCCUUCAAUUCUCGAGAGACCAGCAAAGAGUCCAAGUGCAUCAUCCAGAUGCAGGGCAACUCAACCAGUAUUAUUAACCCAAAGAACCCAAAGGAAGCUCCAAAGUCUUUCAGCUUUGACUACUCCUACUGGUCUCACACCUCGCCCGAAGAUCCCUGUUUUGCAUCUCAAAACCGUGUAUACAAUGAUAUUGGAAAGGAAAUGCUCUUACAUGCCUUUGAGGGAUAUAAUGUCUGUAUUUUUGCCUAUGGGCAGACUGGUGCUGGAAAGUCUUAUACAAUGAUGGGUAAACAAGAAGAAAGCCAGGCUGGCAUCAUUCCGCAGUUAUGUGAAGAGCUGUUUGAGAAAAUCAAUGACAACUGUAACGAAGAAAUGUCUUACUCUGUAGAGGUGAGCUACAUGGAAAUUUACUGUGAAAGAGUACGAGACUUGCUGAACCCCAAAAACAAGGGUCAUCUGCGUGUGCGUGAACAUCCCCUUCUUGGCCCUUACGUGGAGGACCUGUCAAAGUUGGCAGUCACUUCCUACACAGACAUUGCUGACCUCAUGGACGCUGGGAACAAAGCCAGGACAGUGGCAGCUACCAACAUGAAUGAAACAAGUAGCCGUUCCCACGCUGUGUUUACCAUUGUCUUCACCCAGAAGAAACAUGAUACUGAGACCAACCUUUCCACUGAGAAGGUCAGUAAAAUCAGCUUGGUGGAUCUAGCAGGAAGUGAACGAGCUGAUUCAACUGGUGCCAAAGGGACUCGAUUAAAGGAAGGAGCAAAUAUUAAUAAGUCUCUUACAACUCUGGGUAAAGUCAUUUCAGCCUUGGCAGAGGUGGAUAAUUGCACCAGCAAGAGUAAGAAGAAGAAGAAAACUGAUUUUAUUCCCUACAGAGAUUCUGUACUUACUUGGCUCCUUCGAGAAAAUCUAGGUGGCAAUUCUCGGACUGCAAUGGUUGCUGCUCUGAGCCCAGCUGAUAUCAACUAUGAUGAAACUUUGAGCACUCUGAGAUAUGCAGAUCGUGCAAAACAAAUUAAAUGUAAUGCUGUUAUCAAUGAGGACCCCAAUGCCAAACUGGUUCGUGAAUUAAAGGAGGAGGUGACACGGCUGAAGGACCUUCUUCGUGCUCAGGGGCUGGGAGAUAUUAUUGAUAUUGAUCCAUUGAUCGAUGAUUACUCGGGAAGUGGAGGCAAAUAUCUGAAAGAUUUUCAGAACAAUAAGCAUAGGUACUUGCUAGCCUCUGAGAAUCAACGUCCUGGCAAUUUUUCCACAGCAUCCAUGGGAUCCCUUACUUCAUCUCCAUCUUCCUGCUCACUUAAUAGUCAGGUGGGCUUAACAUCUGUGACCAGUAUUCAGGAGAGAAUCAUGUCUACACCUGGAGGAGAGGAAGCCAUCGAACGUCUGAAGGAAUCAGAGAAGAUCAUUGCUGAGUUGAAUGAAACCUGGGAAGAGAAGCUGCGUAAAACAGAGGCCAUCAGGAUGGAAAGAGAAGCCUUGUUGGCUGAGAUGGGAGUUGCCAUUCGGGAAGACGGAGGAACCCUUGGGGUUUUCUCUCCUAAAAAGACACCACAUCUUGUUAACCUCAAUGAGGACCCUCUGAUGUCUGAGUGCCUGCUUUAUUACAUCAAAGAUGGAAUUACAAGGGUUGGCCAAGCAGAUGCUGAGCGGCGCCAGGACAUCGUGCUGAGUGGGGCUCACAUUAAAGAAGAGCAUUGUAUCUUCCGGAGCGAGAGGAACAACAGCGGAGAUGUUAUUGUGACUCUGGAGCCCUGUGAACGUUCAGAAACCUACGUAAAUGGCAAGAGGGUGACCCAGCCUGUUCAGCUGCGCUCAGGAAACCGUAUCAUCAUGGGUAAAAACCAUGUGUUUCGUUUUAACCACCCGGAGCAAGCACGGGCUGAGCGGGAAAAGACUCCUUCUGCUGAGACCCCCUCUGAGCCUGUGGACUGGACAUUUGCCCAGAGAGAGCUUCUGGAAAAACAAGGAAUUGAUAUGAAACAGGAGAUGGAAAAAAGGCUACAGGAAAUGGAGAUCCUGUACAAAAAGGAGAAGGAAGAAGCAGAUCUUCUCUUGGAGCAGCAGAGACUGGACUAUGAGAGUAAAUUGCAGGCCUUGCAGAAGCAGGUGGAGACGCGAUCCCUGGCUGCAGAAACAACUGAAGAGGAAGAGGAGGAGGAAGAAGUUCCGUGGACACAACAUGAAUUUGAGCUGGCCCAGUGGGCCUUCCGGAAGUGGAAGUCUCACCAAUUCACCUCAUUAAGGGACUUACUCUGGGGCAAUGCUGUUUACCUAAAGGAGGCCAAUGCCAUCAGUGUGGAACUAAAGAAGAAGGUGCAGUUUCAGUUUGUUCUGCUCACGGACACGUUGUACUCCCCUCUGCCUCCUGAACUGCUUCCCACUGAGACUGAAAAAACUCAGGAAGACAGACCUUUCCCUCGUACAGUGGUAGCUGUAGAAGUUCAGGAUCUGAAAAAUGGAGCAACACAUUAUUGGUCUUUGGAGAAACUUAAGCAGAGGCUGGAUUUGAUGAGAGAGAUGUAUGACAGAGCAGGGGAGAUGGCCUCCAGCACCCAAGAUGAAAGUGAGACCACCAUGACUGGCAGCGAUCCAUUUUAUGAUCGGUUCCAUUGGUUCAAACUUGUGGGAAGCUCCCCCAUUUUCCACGGCUGUGUGAAUGAGCGCCUUGCUGACCGCACACCCUCCCCCACUUUUUCCACGGCCGAUUCCGACAUCACUGAGCUGGCUGACGAGCAGCAAGAGGAGAUGGAGGACUUUGAUGAGGAGGCGUUCGUGGAUGACACCGGCUCUGACGCAGGGACGGAGGAGGGCUCAGAUCUCUUCAGUGACGGGCACGACCCGUUUUACGACCGGUCCCCAUGGUUCAUUUUAGUGGGAAGGGCCUUUGUUUACCUGAGCAACCUGCUGUACCCCGUGCCCCUGAUUCACAGGGUGGCCAUUGUCAGUGAGAAGGGAGAGGUGCGUGGAUUUCUGCGUGUGGCUGUGCAGGCCAUUGCAGCGGAUGAAGAAGCUCCUGAUUAUGGCUCUGGAAUUCGACAGUCAGGAACAGCUAAAAUAUCUUUUGAUAACGAGUACUUUAAUCAGAGUGACAUUUCUUCAGUUGCAUUGACCCGUUCUGGUCUGUCCUUGGAGGAGCUGAGGAUUGUGGAAGGACAGGGUCAGAGUUCUGAGGUCAUCACUCCUCCAGAAGAAGUCAACCGAAUGAAUGACUUGGAUCUGAAGUCAAGCACUUUGCUGGAUGGUAAGAUGAUGAUGGAGGGAUUUUCUGAAGAGAUCGGCAACCACCUAAAGCUGGGCAGUGCAUUCACUUUCCGGGUCACAGUGCUGCAGGCCAGUGGAAUCCUCCCAGAGUAUGCAGACAUCUUCUGUCAGUUCAACUUUUUACAUCGGCAUGAUGAAGCAUUCUCCACUGAACCCCUCAAAAACAACGGCAGAGGAAGUCCUCUGGGCUUUUACCAUGUGCAGAAUAUUGCAGUGGAGGUUACGGAAUCAUUUGUGGACUAUAUCAAAACCAAGCCGAUUGUGUUUGAAGUCUUUGGGCAUUAUCAGCAGCAUCCACUUCACCUGCAAGGACAGGAACUUAACAGUCCACCCCAGCCGUCUCGACGAUUCUUCCCUCCACCCAUGCCGCUAUCCAAGCCAGUUCCAGCCACCAAGUUAAAUACCAUGAGCAAAACCAGCCUUGGCCAGAGCAUGAGCAAGUAUGAUCUUCUGGUUUGGUUUGAGAUCAGUGAACUGGAGCCUACGGGAGAGUAUAUCCCAGCUGUGGUGGACCAUACAGCAGGCUUGCCCUGUCAGGGGACAUUUUUGCUUCACCAGGGCAUCCAGCGGAGGAUCACAGUGACCAUCAUCCAUGAGAAGGGGAGUGAGCUCCACUGGAAGGAUGUUCGUGAGCUGGUGGUAGGCCGAAUCAGGAAUAAGGCUGAGGUAGAUGAAGCUGCAGUGGACGCCAUCCUCUCCCUCAAUAUCAUCUCUGCCAAGUACCUGAAGUCAUCCCACAACUCUAGCAGGACCUUCUAUCGUUUCGAGGCCGUCUGGGAUAGUUCCCUCCAUAACUCCCUCCUUCUGAACCGAGUGACACCCUACGGGGAAAAGAUCUACAUGACCCUAUCGGCCUACCUGGAGCUGGAUCACUGCAUCCAGCCCGCCGUCAUCACCAAGGACGUGUGCAUGGUCUUCUACUCCCGGGACGCCAAGAUCUCACCGCCACGCUCGCUGCGCAGCCUCUUUGGCAGUGGCUAUUCGAAGUCACCAGACUCCAAUCGAGUCACUGGAAUUUAUGAACUCAGUUUAUGCAAAAUGGCAGACACAGGAAGUCCAGGCAUGCAGCGGAGGAGAAGGAAAAUCUUGGAUACCUCAGUGGCAUACGUGCGGGGGGAGGAGAACUUGGCCGGCUGGCGGCCCCGGGGAGACAGCCUCAUCCUAGAGCACCAGUGGGAGUUGGAGAAGCUGGAGCUCCUGCACGAGGUGGAGAAAACCCGCCACUUUCUGCUGCUCCGCGACAGACUGGGUGACAGCAUCCCCAAAUCCCUGAGUGACUCGGUGUCCCCCAGCCUCAGCAGCGGGACCCUCAGCACCUCCACCAGCAUCUCCUCUCAAAUCUCAACCACCACCUUUGAAAGUGCCAUCACACCCAGUGAGAGCAGUGGCUACGACUCAGCAGACAUUGAAAGCCUGGUGGACCGAGAGAAAGAGCUGGCUACUAAGUGCCUGCAACUUCUCACCCACACUUUCAACCGAGAAUUCAGCCAGGUGCACGGCAGCAUCAGUGACUGCAAGCUAGCUGACCUCUCUCCCGUCGGCCGGGACCCCUCUGUGUCCAGUCUGAGCAGUUCCACCCUCACUCCGUCCUCUACCUGCCCCUCUCUGGUGGACGCUAGGAGCAACUCCCUGGAUCAGAAGACCCCAGAAGCCAAUUCCCGGGCCUCUAGUCCCUGCCCAGAAUUUGAACAGUUUCAGAUUGUCCCACCUGUGGAAACGCCCUAUUUGGCCCGAGCAGGAAAAAAUGAAUUUCUCAAUCUUGUUCCAGAUAUUGAAGAAAUUAGACCAGGCUCAGUGGUCUCCAAGAAAGGAUAUCUGCAUUUCAAGGAGCCCCUGUCCAGCAACUGGGCUAAACAUUUCGUCGUGGUCCGUCGCCCUUACGUCUUCAUCUAUAACAGCGACAAAGACCCUGUGGAGCGGGGCAUCAUUAACCUGUCCACAGCCCAGGUGGAGUAUAGCGAGGACCAGCAGGCCAUGGUGAAGACACCAAACACCUUUGCUGUGUGCACCAAGCACCGUGGGGUCCUUUUGCAGGCUCUCAACGACAAAGACGUGAAUGACUGGUUGUACGCCUUUAACCCUCUCCUUGCUGGCACAAUACGAGCUGACAUUGCCCUGAUUGGACUGGCUGUCAUGGGCCAGAACUUAAUUUUAAACAUGAAUGACCAUGGCUUUGUGGUCUGUGCUUUUAAUAGGACAGUCUCCAAAGUUGAUGACUUCUUAGCUAAUGAGGCGAAGGGCACCAAGGUGCUUGGUGCUCACUCCUUGGAGGAAAUGGUGUCCAAGCUGAAGAAGCCACGGCGGAUCAUCCUGCUUGUGAAGGCCGGUCAGGCCGUCGAUGGUUUCAUUGAGAAACUGGUACCUUUGCUAGACAUUGGUGAUAUCAUCAUUGAUGGAGGAAAUUCUGAAUAUAGGGAUACCAUGAGACGGUGCCGAGACCUCAAGGAUAAGGGCAUCUUGUUCGUGGGGAGCGGAGUUAGUGGUGGAGAGGACGGGGCCCGCUAUGGCCCGUCGCUUAUGCCGGGAGGGAACAAGGAGGCCUGGCCCCACAUCAAGGCCAUCUUUCAAGGCAUCGCCGCCAAAGUGGGGACAGGAGAACCCUGCUGUGACUGGGUGGGGGACGAGGGUGCGGGACACUUUGUGAAGAUGGUGCACAACGGCAUAGAGUACGGGGACAUGCAGCUCAUCUGUGAGGCCUACCACCUGAUGAAGGACGUCCUGGGCCUGGGGCACGAGGAGAUGGCCAAGGCCUUUGAGGAAUGGAAUAAAACAGAGCUGGACUCAUUCCUGAUUGAAAUCACAGCCAAUAUUCUCAAGUUCCAAGAUGCUGAUGGCAAACACCUGCUGCCAAAGAUCCGGGACAGCGCAGGGCAGAAGGGCACCGGGAAGUGGACCGCCAUCUCCGCCCUGGAGUACGGCGUGCCCGUCACCCUCAUCGGAGAAGCUGUCUUUGCGAGAUGCUUAUCAUCUCUGAAGGACGAGAGGAUCCAAGCCAGCAAAAAGCUGAAGGGGCCUCAAAAUAUCCCGUUUGAAGGAGAUAAGAAAUCAUUCCUGGAGGACAUUCGAAAGGCCCUCUAUGCUUCCAAGAUCAUCUCUUACGCUCAGGGCUUCAUGCUGUUAAGACAGGCAGCCACUGAAUUUGGCUGGACCCUCAACUAUGGUGGCAUCGCCCUGAUGUGGAGGGGCGGCUGCAUCAUCAGGAGUGUAUUCCUGGGAAAGAUAAAAGACGCAUUUGAUCGAAACCCAGGACUUCAGAAUCUAUUGCUGGAUGACUUCUUUAAGUCAGCUGUGGAAAACUGCCAGGACUCCUGGCGGCGGGCCAUCAGUACUGGUGUCCAGGCAGGCAUUCCCAUGCCCUGCUUCACCACUGCUCUCUCUUUCUACGAUGGGUACAGACACGAGAUGCUGCCGGCCAACCUCAUCCAGGCUCAGCGCGACUACUUUGGGGCGCACACCUACGAACUCUUGGCCAAGCCGGGCCAGUUCAUCCACACCAACUGGACGGGCCACGGGGGCAGCGUGUCCUCGUCGUCGUACAACGCCUGAUGGGCUUCUGUUCCAAGCCACAACUCCACAGACCGGGACAUUCCAUCUGCCACACAGCACUGCUUGCAUGGCCCUCUGCCCUACUUCCUGCUCAGAUCUUUCAAAAUACCGUGUGUCGUAAGAGACUCCUUUGGAGAGUUGGCCCGAGUCUCUGAGUGUCAGGUAGUUCUGAGAGAACCAGCACGCCCUCUGCCCUCGCCUCUUGGGAUGGAGCAGCAGUGGAGUGUGUGCGAGGCAGCUCCCCGAGGCAGCGUUCCCUGCAGGUCCGCUGUGGGUGAGGGAGGCAGCGGCUCUCAUCAAGGUGGGGAAGGGUUUUGUAGAAUUUGAUCAAACUGGAACCUUUGUAUCACACACCUGAACUCCCUUUCCUUUUACUUAAUAA